AUGUCGAAGCCGGAUCUUGGUCCUUGCCCUCCUCGUUUUGUCGAAAUCAAGAAGGACAUUGCUGCUUCCCAUCCUAACUUUCAGGAGCGUAUCACAAAAGCCUGGAAUGAGCUCCUCGUAGAGCUCGAGCAGGUCACGGCAGAGAUUACUGACCAAGGAACGGAGUAUGUUCCUCAAGUCACAUUCUCGGAAUUGGCAAACCUUGGUCCGGAGCGCGUUGAAGAAAUCCGUCGCAAGGGGAGUGUGGUCGUCCGCGACGUCGUCGAUGAUGCAGAAGCAUCUUCUUGGAAAGACUGGUUGCAGGAAUAUGUUUCCACGAACCCUGGCAUUGACGGUUUCCCUGUAGAAGAUAAACAGUUCUUCCAGCUGUACUGGACGAAGUCACAGGUCCGCGCUCGUGGACAUCCGAAUGUCCUAGCGGUAACAAGCUGGCUCAAUAACAUGUAUCACGUGAAAUCUGGCGCUAAGAUAGAGAACGUCGACCUGUCGACCCCUCUUAUCUACGCAGACCGGUUCCGUAUUCGUCACCCCGGUGUGCAGUGGGACGCUCAUCCCCCCCAUGUUGAUGGUGGUGGAAUUGAGCGAUGGGAGGACCCCACGUUCCGCAAAUGUUUCGCAGACCUUCUCAAUGGUAAUUGGCGUGACCAUGACCCCUACGAUCUCGAGAACCGUAUCAAUGCUAGGAGUUCGAUGUAUGGUCGUGCUGGACAGGCUACAGUGUUCAGGACUUACCAAGGCUGGCUUGCUGUUAGCGAGACAGCCCCUCGCGAAGGCACACUUCAGGUGUUCCCUAGCGUAUACCUGUCGAAUGCCUACACGAUCCUCCGCCCAUUCUUCCGUCAAAUCCCGGGCACAGAGAAUGCUCUCGACGCGAAGAACUGGGAAUAUGGCACAUAUCUCAUCGCCCGAUUUCCCCGGUGUUUACUCUACCGGGACUGGGUUCCGAGGGCCCUGGCCAAACACCAAGACGCACCCACACAUGAAGCUCGAAAAAACUAUGGUGACGUUGUCCACGCUGUCGAGAAGGAGCACACGGGCACUGGCGACUCGGCCGUAAUGUAUAUUCCGGCCGUUCCUUUCACCCCUCAGAACGCUGCCUACGUUGCCAGACAGAAAGAGAACUUCGUCAAGGGAAUUGCGCCUCCCGACUUCCCGGCCACCAAUGGUGAAGGCAGCUAUGCUGGUGUCGGCAGGCCAGAAGACAUUGAGAGCCCUAUAGGCAAGAGGGCGAUGGGUUUUGCAAUCGAAGUCGCUUAA